AGAGAAACGAUGCAGUAUUUACACGUGUGUCUGAUUUAUUUCAUUUAUCAUCCAUUUACCUAGAAACGUCUCAAGCAAGGAUAGCGUUCAGCGAGGCUUUUAGGACCUUAGGUAGGAAGUGAUGCUUAAGCAAGAGGAGAAAACCACGGACAAAGUCUUCCCCACAUCCUCCUCACCAGGGCGUCCAUACCCGCCCAGGCAGGGCCAGACCCGAUGCUCUAGUCCCAGGGUCCAGGUCCUCCAACCUCUCCCAGACCCUCUGUGAAGGGGUGGGGAAAACGUAGCCAUAGGUCCCUGAAGCCACCAUCGGCUCUCUUAUUAGCCAAAACCGAGAAAGACUCGUCUUCUAUUGGCUAGAAGGCAAACCCUGAGAAAUUCCAUUGGAUGUAUCAUCUGUCCGUUAGGAAGGCGGGCUGAGGCCUCGAGGGGGAAAGGGGUGUAAGGGGGCUCGCGGUUGCCGUGGUUACGCCGAGGCACGUGCGCAGUCCCGGAAGCGGCGCGGGGAAGCUGCUGGGCGCGCGCCGCGGGAGGAAGCGACUCCUGGUCGGCGCGGAUCCGGUCCGCCAGUGCCAUGGAGUCGCUGAUCGAGCUCGCGCCCCGCUGCCUUCUGCUUCUCCCCUUGCUGCUGCUGCUGCUGUCAGCCCCGGAGCUGGGGCCGAGCCAGGCCUGGGCAGAAGAGACCGACUGGGUCCGGCUGCCCAGCAAAUGCGAAGUGUGCAAAUACGUCGCCGUGGAGCUGAAGUCAGCCUUUGAGGAAACAGGCAAGACGAAGGAGGUGAUUGGCACGGGCUAUGGCAUCCUGGACCGCAAAGCCGCGGGCGUCAGAUACACCAAGUCGGACUUGCGGUUAAUCGAGGUCACUGAGACCAUCUGCAAGCGGCUCCUGGACUACAGCCUGCAUAAGGAAAGGGCCGGCAGCAACCGCUUUGCCAAGGGCAUGUCGGAGACCUUCGAGACGCUGCACAGCCUGGUGCACAAGGGUGUGAAGGUGGUGAUGGACAUCCCCUAUGAGCUGUGGAAUGAGACCUCCGCCGAGGUGGCUGACCUCAAGAAGCAGUGUGACGUGUUGGUGGAGGAGUUUGAGGAGGUGAUCGAGGACUGGUACCGGAACCACCAGGAAGAGGACCUCACAGAGUUCCUGUGCACCAACCAUGUGCUGAAGGGCAAGGACACCAGCUGCCUGGCAGAGCAAUGGUCCGGCAAGAAGGGUGACACAGCCACCCUGGGGGAGAAGAAGGCCAAGAAGAAGGGCAGCCAGGCCAAGGCAACUAGUGGCGGCAGCAAGCAGAGGAAGGAGCUUGGGCUCCAGGGAGACCCCAGUGCCAAGGACGAGGAGGAGGAGGGCAUCCAGAAGGCGUCACCUCUCCCACACAGCCCCCCUGAUGAGCUCUGAUUGACUUCGAUGCUGAACACUCUCAACAUUGCAGCUCAGGACAAGGAUGGGCACACAGCAGCCACGGUUUCCCUCCUGGCCCGAGCUUCAAGUGGCCACAGGGUCAGGACUUGUGGGACCCAGUGUGACUCAGGAGGGACAGGAUCAGAUACUGGAACCACACAAGAUAUCUGCAGAGCUCAAGGGCAGUGCCCAGUCUCCAUCUCCCUCUCCUGUACCCUGAGAAGCAAGACUGUACCCCCAGCCCCAUGCCCACCCCUUCUGGGGGCUCUGGGAGUAAAGACCUAUUGGCCUUUUG